AUGGCUUCUCGAAUUAUAUCGAUCAAAAAGGCACCCGCUGAUGAUGAUAUAAAUUAUCCAACUCAAAAAUUGGAUACGAAGGUCGAAGAGAGGUAUUUGAACCAGGAACCAAAAAAUUUCUUUCAAAAGGUGGUGAGGUUUUUGGAGGUGAAACAGCGUCAUGGUAGUUCCGUUAGCAGGGCUGAAAAUGUUAUUGAGUCCUUUUUAUACAACGAUGAUUUAGCGCCUGUUGAACAGAAGAGGCGUGUAUGGAGUUCGAAGCAGUUUGUGUUCUUUUGGAUUUCAGGAGCUUUCAACGUCAACACCUGGCAAAUUUGUGCUACUGGUUUACAACUGGGCUUGAAUUGGUGGCAGACAUGGGUUUGUGUAUGGUUUGGUUAUAGUUUGGUUGCUAUCUUUUUGGUUUUAAGUUCCCGAGUGGGUAGCACCUAUCAUAUUUCUUUCCCAAUUUCAUCGAGAAUCACAUUUGGUACGUAUUUUUCUGUUUGGGUCGUUUUGAAUCGUGUUGUCAUGGCUUGUGUAUGGUAUUCUACUUUGGCAUGGUUAGGUGGCCAGUGUAUUCAAUUGAUGCUAAUGUCUUUAUUUGGUACUGAUUUACCUCAGAAAUUUGGAGACCACAUUUCUAAUGUUAACUUGAAUGAUUUUGAACUAUUGUGUUUUAUUUUGUUUUGGUUGUUCAGUUUGCCUUUUCUGUGGUUCCCACCUCAUAGCUUGAGGUACAUCUUUGCUGUAAAAUCUGCAAUUACGCCUUUUGCUGCUUUUGGAUUUUUGAUUUGGGCAAUUGUAAAAUCUCGUGGUCAUUUCGCCUUCGGUUCCUUAAGGGAGAGGUCUUUGGAAGGUACUGAACUUGCAUGGCCUGUUAUUAGAGCAUUAAUUAGUGCGUUAGAUAAUUUCUCCACAUUGAUUUUAAAUGCACCGGAUUUCUCCCGUUUCUCAAAAAACUCAAGGUCCUCUGUUUAUUCUCAAUUGUUCAUAUUGCCAGUGGUUUUCUCCACCAUCUCUCUGAUUGCCAUCCUUGUGACCUCUUCUACUUUUACAAUUUAUAAUGUGAAUGAAUGGAACCCAUUAAUUACAUUAAAAAGAUUUUUAUCAAACUAUUCCUCUGGUAAUCGCGCUGGUAUUUUUUUGAUUUCUGCAAUCUUCUGUUUUGACCAACUGGGAGCUAAUCUAUCAGGGAAUGCGAUUCCAGCAGGCACUGAUAUGACUGCCCUAUUGCCAAAAUUCAUUAAUAUUAGGCGUGGUUCAUACAUUUGUGCAUUUAUAUCUCUAGUAAUAUGUCCGUGGAAUCUCAUGGCGUCAUCCAGUAAAUUCACAGAUGCCUUAGCUGCAUAUGCUGUAUUUCUGUCUUCCAUUGCAGGUGUUAUUGCUGCAGAUUAUUACAUCGUUAGAAAAGGUUAUGUCAACCUUCAUCACUGUUACACCAACAAACGAGGCUCCUACUACAUGUACAAUAAGUAUGGAACCAACUGGAGGGCGGUCGUUGCCUACAUCAUUGGUAUCAUACCAAACUUUGCAGGCUUCCUAGGCUCUCUUGGUGCGCAUGUUCCGGUUGGUGCCCAAAAGAUCUACUACCUAAACUACUUUGUCGGAUACUUCGUGGCCGCAGUAACUUAUGUUAUCCUGAUCUACUUUUUCCCUAUUGAUGGUGUCCCCGAAGGUGUCAAGUUGUUCGAUUUCUCUCAAUGGUUUGAAAAAUGGCAAGAAGUAGAGACUUUUGCUGCUGAAAGAGCUGUAUAUGAGAAGCACGGCGAUGAUGCUGUCACCACCAGUACUGGUGUUAAACAAGAGGUCUGA